AUGACCUCGUCAAUGCUGCUCAUAGUCUUAAUGGGGGCCAUGUCGACCUCGUCGUUCAUCACCCACUCCUCCAACACCGCCGUCCCCGCCGUCUCCGCCGUCUCCCAGAACCCCAGGGCUGUUUCUGUCCCGUCCAACCCGUCCAACCCGUACAUCCACCAGGCCCCCAAAGCCAAGCCCCCGACCCCCUCAGCUACAGCCGAUGCCAAGCAGGUCUCCACCGAUGUCCGCAAGAGCACCCUGGCCCUCAUCGCCACCUACACCUCCUCGACUGCUACCCUACUCACCUCGCCCAAUACCACCUCCCAGUAA